GGAUAGAGGCACUGUAGAGGACACCAUGUUUUCGUGUUGUCUCCCCGUGUGCCGAGACCGAGGCCUCAAGAGAGGCAGCGAUGAGAGUAGGUUCCGACGUGCCCGCCGCUGGAUCAGGACUCAGUCCAGACGCCUGUGGCCCUUUGCACGGCGGGACCAGGAGCGCUCAACCCUGAUCAAGGAGGAGCAGCAGCUGGUGGAGGAAGACUCUUUCCCCAUGUCCAGGAGUGAGGGCCCGGUGAGCCACACCACUGAGGGCCAGGACAGUCCUGAAGUGUGUGUGGCCACCUGGGCGGCUGGGGAGCCCGGGCCCGUUGUAUGGAGGACUCCUCGAGGGAGGCCGACCAGUAUCCAAAGGCCUCCAACCACUAAGCUGCUCCGUCCCAACAUGCACAUGCUAAUUUUCAACUAUUACCUGAGACGCUAUGAGCCUGUUACUGACACCAUAUGGGAAGACCUGGAAUCCAAGGAGGCAGAGCCCCAGGGUAAGGAGGUUGGGGUGAUAGGGGUGGGAUGGGAGGGGAGAUCUAUGUGA